AUGAACAGAGAAUUACUAAAAUUGCUACAGGAGAUCCGCAUGGAACGUGAUUUCAAUACAAUCGCAAUAUGCCAGACAUCGGCAGAUGAUUGCAUUUUUGAUAAUGUCCUGAAAGAAAUAUCGAUGCCUGUCGUACUUCUAAACAAAAGGUUGGCGUAUACUUACAAGGCGCAAUUCUCAAAAGAGCUGCUGAUUUUGCUCUGCCUACACCAAUCAAGCUUAGCUGCUAGAUUAGCAGAGCUAAGAGUGUUUCGAAGCUUGAAGCAAACACGUAUAGUGGCUUAUGUGCCACAUGUAACCGAUCUUGUGCUGGUAAAACAAUAUUGCCUCGACGCAAUGGCCAAUGACAUUUACAAUGUUUUAAUAAUUCAAAGGGAUUUCAGUGCAACCCAAAACUAUUACACUUGCAACAAAUUUCCGCUGGAUGCGCCUCGUUACAAAGAGAAAAGUCUUAAACGUCCAGGUGAGAUUUCGAGCGCCAUCUUCGAACAGCAAUUCCAGAAUAUGUACGGUACGCCAAUAUUAAUUUAUCCCGAUCAACUUGAACCGCGCUCCAUGCUGUACUAUAAGCCGGAUGGGAAUGUGGAGGUGGAGGGGUAUAUAGGUAGAACACUAAGAGUUUUCGCAGCCAGACGUAAUACGACGCUGUUUAUAAAUCAUCCCUAUAAAGUGGGAAAAUCCGUUUUUUACGGAGUACUGCAGGAGCUCGCGGAGAACGGCACCAUCGAUAUAGCCGCUGGAAUGACAUUUGUGACACCUAAUGACGACUUAGAAAAGCUGUCGUAUCCAGUGCAGACGAUGGACUAUUGCUAUAUGGUGCCACUACCGGAAAAUGUGCCCAUAAAUCAGCUGUUUCUUGCCAUCGUACGAUUUCCAAUGCUCCUUUAUAUCUUCGUGUUUAUAGUAAUUUUCGCCGCAUUGCUUACUCUUUUCAAUAAAAGCAAGCAAAUCAACUUUAUAAACCUUUUUCUAAACGAUCAGAGCAUUCGCGGCAUGUUGGGUCAGUCUUUCGUGUUAGCAGCUCAGCCGAGCUAUAAAAUAAAGUUCAUCGUAUUUUUGCUUUGUUUCAUGAGCAUCAUUACUAAUACAACUUACCAAGCUUACCUGCAGUCCUUUUUCACCCAUCCUCCUCUUCUACCGAUGCAUCAUAGUUACGAAGAUUUGGAAGCUGCUGGUUUGACAAUUCUAUUUCCUGCAGACGAGUUAUCUGUCAUAAAACAAAAUCAGAGUCUUUUGAAACACAUGCAUCUGGUAAAAAUGGUACCAGAAUACGACGCGUGGCUGAAGCGCCGAUCUAGCUUGAAAACAAAAUAUGUGUUUCCUGUUUCAAGUAUUCGCUGGGAGGCCUUCGAAUCCCAACAGAGGCUCUUCAACCGGCCCAUAUUCUACUUCAAUUCGGACUUGUGUUUUUUCAAAACUGUGCCUCUCUCCAUGCCCAUUCGUGCUGAUCUGCCCUAUCGUGAUCUAUUAGAUGACUUUGUACUGCGUCUACAUUCUUCAGGCAUUAUAACAAUAUGGGUGGCGCUCAAUUUUUUCGUAAUGGCAAAAUUUAAGUUGAUAGUGAUUGAGGACUUGAGUAGACCGCUGGAUUAUGGACGACCUUUGGUCGUGGAUGACUUUUUUUGGAUACAAGUUCAAUAUAUCGCAACAUUCGGCAUAUUGCCUUGCUACAAUGUCCGCAAUCAAUAUGAAAUCACAACGCCCAGCAGUUGUCAAAAGGCCUACACCCAGUUUGUGCUGCUCAUCAAAGCGGCUAUAAUUGCUUUGCACAUUUACACACUGACUGCACCAGCGCUGUUCUGGAGCUUAUUCACCAACCUACGCUCAUACAGCAUUAAUCAACUCUUGGAUUUAUUUUUAUGUGUAAUGGAUUUCAUUGUUGUAUCUUUUUUGGGUGUACGCAAAACUAAUAAGCUUAUUGAAAUAUUGAAUAAAAUACUAAAAUUGGAUAAAUCACUGGCGCGCAAUAAUACGCCGCAGCAUAUAGACAACUUUUUAGCGAAAACAAUAAAACAAAAGAUAGAAUUCACCGCUUGUGGAUUUAUAGCAAUUAACAACAACACCUUUUUUCAGAUGCUCUGCGGUGUAACGACAUAUCUGAUCAUACUUAUUCAAUUUAGGCAAGUGCAAGAUGAGGGAUCAAUUAUAGCAUUACAAAAUUAUGCCGACGAUUAUUACGAGGACUAUAACUACGAGGAAUACCAGCAAUGA